GUGUCCGAGCGCGAGAAGCCGGAAGCGGCGGCCGCUCGAGGCGGGGGGCGACGCAGCAGCGACCGUUGGUGCCGCGGGCGCGCGCGAGAGGCGCCGAGGGAGCCGCCCCCCCUCCACCGCCGCCCGCCAUGGCCCUGCGGCCGCUCCUCAUCGCCGCCGCUCUGGCGGUCACCGCGCCGCCUCCCCCCGCCGCCGGCUUCUACCUGCCGGGCCUGGCGCCCGUCAACUUCUGCGAGCCCUCCAAGGAGAAGCCCGAGUGCAAGUCUGGAAUCGAGCUGUUUGUGAACAGGCUUGACUCUGUAGAGUCUGUCCUUCCCUAUGAAUAUACUGCGUUUGAUUUCUGUCAAGCGGAAGGGAAGAAACGUCCAUCUGAAAACCUUGGCCAAGUGUUGUUUGGAGAGAGGAUAGAACCGUCUCCUUACAGGUUCACGUUCAACAAGAAGGAGACAUGUAAAGCUGUUUGUACAAAAACCUAUGAUACCAAAAAGCCAGAGGAUAAGCAGAAAUUAGAUUUUUUGAAAAAAAGUAUGCUACUGAAUUAUCAACAUCAUUGGAUUGUGGACAACAUGCCUGUCACCUGGUGCUAUGAUGUUGAAGAUGGCCAGAGGUUCUGCAAUCCUGGCUUUCCCAUUGGCUGUUACAUUACAGAAGAUGGCCGUCCAAAAGAUGCCUGUGUUAUUAACUCAGAAUUUCAUGAAAAAGAUACCUUUUAUAUCUUCAAUCACGUUGACAUAAAAAUAUAUUACCACGUUGUGGAAAAUGAAGCUCUGGGAGCAAGACUUGUUGCUGCUAAACUUGAACCAAAAAGUUACAAGCAUACUCAUCCAGACAACCCCGAUUGCUCAGGAGUGCCCAUGGAUAUAAGCAAUAAGGCUAACGGAGAAGUCAAAAUUGCUUAUACGUACUCAGUUUCUUUCCAAGAAGAAAAAAAUAUAAGAUGGGCAUCAAGAUGGGAUUAUAUUUUGGAAUCCAUGCCUCACACUCAUAUUCAGUGGUUUAGCAUUAUGAAUUCCUUGGUGAUUGUCCUUUUUCUGUCUGGAAUGGUUGCUAUGAUUAUGUUGAGGACGCUGCAUAAAGACAUUGCAAGAUACAAUCAGAUGGAUUCCACUGAAGAUGCGCAGGAGGAAUUUGGCUGGAAGCUGGUUCACGGUGAUAUCUUCAGGCCCCCAAGAAAAGGAAUGCUGUUGUCUGUUUUCCUAGGCUCUGGCACGCAAAUCUUAAUCAUGACUUUUGUUACACUGUUUUUCGCUUGCCUGGGAUUUUUGUCACCUGCUAACCGGGGAGCUCUAAUGACCUGUGCUGUAGUUCUGUGGGUACUGCUUGGAACUCCAGCAGGUUAUGUUGCUGCCAGAUUCUACAAAUCAUUUGGAGGUGAGAAAUGGAAAACAAAUGUCCUGCUGACAUCAUUCCUUUGUCCUGGAAUCGUGUUUGCGGAUUUUUUUAUCAUGAAUCUCAUUCUGUGGGGAGAAGGCUCUUCUGCAGCUAUUCCGUUCGGCACUUUGGUUGCUAUUUUGGCACUCUGGUUUUGCAUAUCUGUUCCACUGACAUUUAUUGGUGCCUAUUUUGGCUUUAAGAAAAAUGCUAUUGAACACCCUGUUCGCACAAAUCAAAUUCCUCGUCAGAUUCCUGAGCAGUCAUUCUAUACAAAGCCAUUACCUGGAAUUAUCAUGGGAGGGAUUCUGCCUUUUGGGUGCAUCUUUAUCCAGUUGUUCUUCAUUCUGAACAGUAUUUGGUCUCACCAGAUGUAUUACAUGUUUGGCUUCCUGUUUCUGGUAUUCAUUAUUUUGGUUAUUACAUGUUCUGAGGCCACAAUAUUGCUCUGUUACUUCCAUCUAUGCGCAGAGGACUAUCACUGGCAGUGGCGCUCAUUUCUCACUAGUGGUUUUACUGCAGUUUAUUUCCUAAUAUAUGCAAUACAUUAUUUUUUUUCUAAACUGCAAAUCACAGGAACAGCUAGCACCAUCUUAUAUUUUGGUUACACCAUGAUUAUGGUUUUGAUCUUCUUCCUUUUCACAGGGACAAUUGGAUUCUUUGCAUGCUUUUGGUUUGUAACCAAAAUCUACAGUGUGGUGAAAGUUGACUGAAAAAAGACAAUGUAAAGAACUAACGCAGAAGAGGUUAAAUCUUCAUGAACAUAACUUUAAAGAGCUGGCCUACGUGAUGAACUUGAGCUUUAUCAGAAGUGUUGGCUUUCUGUUCUUUGAGAAUGAUACUGAAUAUGCAGCUGCCCCAAACACUUUCUUCCACUAACACGUUUGUAUUGUGACUUAACAGCCCGUCUUCAUGCAGAUCUGAAUGAAGAUCAGAGUUACAAUAUUUAUGCAUUUGUAAAUACAACGAUACCUUAAAAUAAAUGUUAAAUUCUAAUGGCAGAAUAGAACCGGCUGUAUUACGCAACUUAAUGAUACUUCUGAUUAAAGUACAAUUGUAAAUAGGAUUUUCUAGCUUGGUAGGUGGGAUGAAUUAUUUUUCUUUGAGGGAAAUGAGAUCUUUUUAUUAUGCUAACUUUGAAGGAUGACUCUUAAGAAGCGUUGCUUUUAGUUUGGAUGUGAUUUUUAUUUUUUACUGGUAUUAUGUCCACAAAUAUUCUGAUUUCUGUGACUUCAUUAGUUUCAGUGUUCUCGGCCUUUUAAACUAUGUGCCUCUGAGUCCUUGAAUUUAUAAAUUCAUAAUCUAAUAAAUAUUGUAAAAAUGUC